CUGUUGCGCAUUGGGCUGUUGAAGGCCCAGAAGGGCCCUACGGAGAUGCACCCGUACGGCUACGCACGUGACCGUUUCAUUUGGAGCCUCAUCUCCGCGGUCGGGAUAUUCUUCCUGGGAGCGGGCGCCUCCUUCAUCCACGGACUCCACACGCUGGUGGAGCACCGGGAACUGGAGCACAUGGGCUGGAGCUACGGAGUGCUGCUGCUGUCAGGUCUGCUGGAGGGCUACUCGCUGUGGGUUGCGAGCCGUGUGGUGGUGUCGGGCGCUACCUCCCGCCGCAUGGGGCUGCUGCAGUACAUCCGCAGUGGCAUGGACCCCACCACGGUGGCGGUCAUGAUGGAGGACGGAGGGGCGGUCCUGGGGCUGGUCAUUGCGGGUGUAUGUACGGCACUCGCUCAGGCCACUGGGAAUGCCAUGUGGGAUGCUGCCGGGUCCAUCCUGGUGGGUUGCCUGUUGGGCGCCAUCGCCACGUUCCUGGUUCAGAAGAACCGUCAGCUGCUGAUCGGGCGGUCCAUGGCACCCGGGGACGUGGCGGCGGUGCAGGAACAACGUAGAUCGCAAAGAUGGCCAGAUGUAAAGGGUCGCCUGGGCACGGAGGGGUCGGGCCUGGGAGGGGGAGGGGGAGGAAAGAGGGUGAAACGGGGCGGGAGCUACGCCAUACGGCACGGCACGGCCCCGGGGUGCGGUAGGGACCGGCUGAUAGGGAUAUUGCAGGCGGCGGCUGAGCGGAACGAUCAGGAGGCCUUGGAGCGAGUCAUGCGCAGCUACGGACGAGACCUGGUGUCGGCAGUCGGUGCGGAGGUGGAUCGGAUCGAAUCCAAGAUUCAAAUGAUGAAUCCAGGGAUCUUGUACGUGGAUCUAGAG